AGGUGCAUUACCGGAAAUAUUGUUCUUAUUAUCAAAAUUUGGCGAGAUGAUUUAAUUAUACCGAACUUUAAGGAAUUUAAAACUAUUAUAGAAAAUGGAUACAACAAAGCGAAAGAGCUGAAGGGUGGAAAAGUUGCAACUUAUAUUCCCCAGCUUUCAAGAGCCAGUCCGGAUUAUUGGGGUGUAUCUAUAUGCACCAUUGACGGACAGAGAUACAAUCUAGGCGAUUAUGAUGUUCCUUUUUGCAUGCAGUCCUGUAGCAAGUGUAUCAGUUAUGCGGUUGCCCUGAAUGACUUAUCCAGCGACUUCGUACAUCAAUUCGUUGGUUAUGAACCAAGUGGAGCAGUAUUCAACGAAUUAACGCUUAAUGAACAAGACCAACCACACAGUCCCAUGAUUAAUUCUGGUGCUAUUAUGGUUGCUGCAUUACAUAAGCCUGAUCAACAUCUGAGUGAUAGAUUUGAAUACAUUAUAAAGCAAUUUAAGAAGGCGGCCGGAGGAGAAUAUGUAGGGUUCGAUAAUGCGACAUACAUAUCAGAAAAGGAAACUGCUGAUCGAAAUUAUGCACUAGCUUAUUAUAUGAGAGAGAAGAAGGCUUUCCCACCUAAUACUGUAUUGGAGGAUACCAUGAAUUUGUACUUUCAACUUUGCUCAACUGAAAUUGAUUGUUGUAGUGGAGCUGUAAUGGCAGCAACAUUAGCGAAUGGUGGUAUUUGCCCUAUAACUGGUGAAAAGACAUUUAGCCCUAUAGCUGUCCGGGAUACCUUAUCGCAAAUGUUUUCGUGUGGCAUGUAUAACUACUCUGGGCAAUUUGCAUUUAAGGUAAUCGGUUUGCCUGCAAAAUCUGGGGUUUCAGGAGCAAUAUUAAUAGUUAUUCCUAACGUUAUGGGUAUUUGUGUCUGGUCACCCCCGCUCGACAAGCAAGGCAACAGCGUUAGAGGAUUGGAAUUCUGCAAUUCAUUAGUAGAACACUGUCGUUUUCAUCGAUUUGAUAGCUUGCUUAAGCAUUCGCAGACGAAGUUCGACCCUACAAAUCGGUUUAACGAUGAUAAUACUGGUACACUAACUGCGAUUCAAUACGCCGCUUCACGUGGAGAUUUAACGGCACUUAGACGAUAUUUUUUAAAUGGAUAUAGACUUGACAUUCCUGAUUAUGAUGGGAGAACUGCACUCCACCUUGCAGCAAUCGGAGGCCACGUAGCUGCUGUAAGAUUUUUAGUGGAGAAAUGUGAUGUUCCUAUUAAUUAUACAGAUAGGUGGGGAAACACUCCGCUUGAUGAUGCUAAGAAAUUUAACCGGCAACAAGUUAUCGAUAUAUUGAAUAAGUUUCUUGAUUCAGCUUCGAACUUUCCGAGAUAG